AUGGGAACACAGACAUCAGACGCCCUCAAUCUACUCUCCACUAAUGGUGGUGACUAUGCUGCAGCAUGCAGUCUCGAUUUCGCCGCGCCGCCAGCCUACUACGACACGUUCGCACUGAGGGACACCAUGGGCCGCAAGACGCUCACGCAGACAUGGCCGUACUUUUCUUCGUCGGCAACACGCAAAGAAAUGGCGGCCGGCCGUAGUACGGUACGCGUGCAGUCGUGCUGGAACGGGAUGGUGGCGAUGGAUGCAGCGCCUUUCACUGCCGCGGAGCAGCCACUCAAUUUCAGAGGAAUCCCGGACCAGCUCGCCGCGCAGCAUCUCGAGGGCUCUGAGUGCUGCCUCAUCCACGCCGACAAUCCCCUCAGCGACUCCAAGGGGGUUUGGCUGAACACAAACGUGCGCACGGCAUACGGCGCUAAUGCUUACGACAUUGUCAACUCUACACCACACCUAGUUCUUAUCGAAACCGGCUGGGAGCAUGUUUGA